ACCAACAUCACCGAUUUCUUCGACAACAGCUAUUUCAGACACUACAACUAUUUCUCCAUCCACCAUGACCUCAGAAUCGACAACUUUGAACACUGAAUCUGUCUCAACAGUAGCAACAACGUCUGCAUUGUCAACAACACCAUUCACAUCUUCGACGACAACGUUUUCUUCCACAACACCUAUGUCAGACACUACAACUAUUUCUCCAUCCACCAUGACCUCAGAAUCGACAACUUUGGACACUGAAUCUGUCUCAACAGCAGCAACAAGUUCUCCAUUGUCAACAACUAAAUUUACAUCAGCAACUGCAACAACUUCCAGUCUAAUAACAGUGGCAACAUCAGGAGCGACAUCUCCAUUGUCAACAACAUCAUUCACAUCACCAACAUCACCGAUUUCUUUCACAACAACAAUUUCAGACACUACAACUAUUUUUUCAUCCACCAUUACCUCAGAAUCGACAACUUUGGACACUGAAUCUGUCUCAACUGCAGCAACAACGUCUCCAUUGUCAACAACACCAUUUACAUCAGCGACUGCAACAACUUCCAGUAUACUAACGGUUGCAACAUCAGGAGCGACAUCUCCAUUGUCGACAACAUCAAUAACAUCACCAACAGCACCGUUUUAUUCGACAACACCUACGGCCGACACUGCAACGAUUUCCACAUCCACCAUUACCUCAGAAGCAACAACUUCAAGUACUAACACGAUUUCAACAGCAGCAAGUUCUCCAUUGUCAACAACACGUUUCACAUCAGCGACUGCAAUAACUUCCAAUAUAGAAACGAUGUCAACAUCAGGUGCAACUUCUCCAUUGUCAACAACAUCAUUCACAUCACCAACAUCACCGUUUUCUUCGACAACAGCUAUUUCAAACACUCCAACUAUUUCUCCAUCCAUCAUUACUUCAGAAUCGACAACUUCAAGCACUGAAUCUGUCUCAACAACAACAACAACGUCUCCAUUGUCAACAACACCAUUCACAUCUCCGACUACAACUUUUUCUUCCACAACACCUAUGUCAGACAUCACAACUAUUUCUCCAUUCACCAUUGCCUCAGAAUUGACAACUUUGAGCACUGAAUCUGUCUCAACAGCAGCAACAACGUCCCUAUUGUCAACAACACCAUUCACAUCUUCGACGACAACGUUUUCUUCCACAACACCUAUGUCAGACACUACAACUAUUUCUCCAUCCACCAUGACCUCAGAAUCGACAACUUUGGACAAUGAAUCUGUCUCAACAGCAGCAACAAGUUCUCCAUUGUCAACAACAAAAUUUACAUCAGCAACUGCAAAAACCUCCAGUCUAAUAACAGUGGCAACAUCAGGAGUGACAUCUCCAUUGUCGACAACAUCAAUAACAUCACCAACAGCACCGUUUUCUUCGACAACACCUACGGUAGACACUGCAAUGAUUUCCACAACUACCAUUACCUCAGAAGCAACAACUUCAAGUACUGAAACGAUUUCAACAGCCACAACAUCUCCAUUGUCAACAACACCUUUCCCAUCAGCGACUGCAAGAACUUCCAAUAUAGAAACGAUGUCAACAUCAGGUGCAACUUCUCCAUUGUCAACAACAUCAUUCACAUCACCAACAUCACCGUUUUCUUCGACAACAGCUAUUUCAAACACUCCAACUAUUUCUCCAUCCAUCAUUACUUCAGAAUCGACAACUUCAAGCACUGAAUCUGUCUCAACAACAACAACAACAACGUCUCCAUUGUCAACAACACCAUUCACAUCUCCGACUACAACUUUUUCUUCCACAACACCUAUGUCAGACAUCACAACUAUUUCUCCAUUCACCAUUGCCUCAGAAUUGACAACUUUGAGCACUGAAUCUGUCUCAACAGUAGCAACAACGUCUGCAUUGUCAACAACACCAUUCACAUCUUCGACGACAACGUUUUCUUCCACAACACCUAUGUCAGACACUACAACUAUUUCUCCAUCCACCAUGACCUCAGAAUCGACAACUUUGGACACUGAAUCUGUCUCAACAGCAGCAACAAGUUCUCCAUUGUCAACAACAAAAUUUACAUCAGCAACUGCAAAAACUUCCAGUCUAAUAACAGUGGCAACAUCAGGAGUGACAUCUCCAUUGUCGACAACAUCAAUAACAUCACCAACAGCACCGUUUUCUUCGACAACACCUACGGUAGACACUGCAAUGAUUUCCACAACUACCAUUACCUCAGAAGCAACAACUUCAAGUACUGAAACGAUUUCAACAGCCACAACAUCUCCAUUGUCAACAACACCUUUCCCAUCAGCGACUGCAAGAACUUCCAAUAUAGAAACGAUGUCAACAUCAGGUGCAACUUCUCCAUUGUCAACAACAUCAUUCACAUCACCAACAUCACCGUUUUCUUCGACAACAGCUAUUUCAAACACUCCAACUAUUUCUCCAUCCAUCAUUACUUCAGAAUCGACAACUUCAAGCACUGAAUCUGUCUCAACAACAACAACAACGUCUCCAUUGUCAACAACACCAUUCACAUCUCCGACUACAACUUUUUCUUCCACAACACCUAUGUCAGACAUCACAACUAUUUCUCCAUUCACCAUUGCCUCAGAAUUGACAACUUUGAGCACUGAAUCUGUCUCAACAGCAGCAACAACGUCUCUAUUGUCAAUAACACCAUUCACAUCUCCGACUACAACGUUUUCUUCCACAACACCAACGUCAGAUACUACAACUAUUUCUCCAUCCACCAUGACCUCAGAAUCGACAACUUUGAACACUGAAUCUGUCUCAACAGUAGCAACAACGUCUGCAUUGUCAACAACACCAUUCACAUCUCCGACUACAACUUUUUCUUCCACAACACCUUUGUCAGACAUCACAACUAGUUCUCCAUUCACCAUUGCCUCAGAAUUGACAACUUUGAGCACUGAAUCUGUCUCAACAGCAGCAACAACGUCUCUAUUGUCAAUAACACCAUUCACAUCUCCGACUACAACGUUUUCUUCCACAACACCAACGUCAGAUACUACAACUAUUUCUCCAUCCACCAUGACCUCAGAAUCGACAACUUUGAACACUGAAUCUGUCUCAACAGUAGCAACAACGUCUGCAUUGUCAACAACACCAUUCACAUCUUCGACGACAACGUUUUCUUCCACAACACCUAUGUCAGACACUACAACUAUUUCUCCAUCCACCAUGACCUCAGAAUCGACAACUUUGGACACUGAAUCUGUCUCAACAGCAGCAACAAGUUCUCCAUUGUCAACAACUAAAUUUACAUCAGCAACAACUUCCAGUCUAAUAACAGUGGCAACAUCAGGAGCGACAUCUCCAUUGUCAACAACAUCAUUCACAUCACCAACAUCACCGAUUUCUUUCACAACAACAAUUUCAGACACUACAACUAUUUCUCCAUCCACCAUUAUCUCAGAAUCGACAACUUCGAGCACUGGAUCUGUCUCAACUGCAGCAACAACGUCUCCAUUGUCAACAACACCAUUUACAUCAGCGACUGCAACAACUUCCAGUAUACUAACGGUUGCAACAUCAGGAGCGACAUCUCCAUUGUCGACAACAUCAAUAACAUCACCAACAGCACCGUUUUAUUCGACGACACCUACGGCAGACACUGCAACGAUUUCCACAUCCACCAUUACCUCAGAAGCAACAACUUCAAGUACUAACACGAUUUCAACAGCCGCAACAUCUCCAUUGUCAACAACACGUUUCACAUCAGCGACUGCAAGAACUUCCAAUAUAGAAACGAUGUCAUCAUCAGGUGCAACUUCUCCAUUGUUAACAACAUUAUUCACAUCACCAACAUCACCGAUUUCUUCGACAACAGCUAUUUCAGGCACUACAACUAUUUUUUCAUCCACCAUUACCUCAGAAUCGACAACUUCAAGCACUGAAUCUGUCUCAACAGCAGCCGAAACAUCUCCAUUGUCAACAACACCAUUCACAUCUCCGACUACAACGUUUUCUUCCACAACACCAACGUCAGAUACUACAACUAUUUCUCCAUCCACCAUGACCUCAGAAUCGACAACUUUGAACACUGAAUCUGUCUCAACAGUAGCAACAACGUCUGCAUUGUCAACAACACCAUUCACAUCUUCGACGACAACGUUUUCUUCCACAACACCUAUGUCAGACACUACAACUAUUUCUCCAUCCACCAUGACCUCAGAAUCGACAACUUUGAACACUGAAUCUGUCUCAACAGCAGCAACAAGUUCUCCAUUGUCAACAACACAAUUUACAUCAGCAACUGCAACAACUUCCAGUCUAAUAACAGUGGCAACAUCAGGAGCGACAUCUCCAUUGUCAACAACAUCAUUCACAUCACCAACAUCACCGAUUUCUUUCACAACAACAAUUUCAGACACUACAACUAUUUCCCCAUCCACCAUUAUCUCAGAAUCAACAACUUCGAGCACUGGAUCUGUCUCAACUGCAGCAACAACAUCUCCAUUGUCAACAACACCAUUUACAUCAGCGACUGCAACAACUUCCAGUAUACUAACGGUUGCAACAUCAGGAGCGACAUCUCCAUUGUCGACAACAUCAAUAACAUCACCAACAGCACCGUUUUAUUCGACAACACCUACGGCCUACACUGCAACGAUUUCCACAUCCACCAUUACCUCAGAAGCAACAACUUCAAGUACUAACACGAUUUCAACAGCAGCAAGUUCUCCAUUGUCAACAACACGUUUCACAUCAGCGACUGCAAUAACUUCCAAUAUAGAAACGAUGUCAACAUCAGGUGCAACUUCUCCAUUGUCAACAACAUCAUUCACAUCACCAACAUCACCGUUUUCUUCGACAACAGCUAUUUCAAACACUCCAACUAUUUCUCCAUCCAUCAUUACUUCAGAAUCGACAACUUCAAGCACUGAAUCUGUCUCAACAACAACAACAACGUCUCCAUUGUCAACAACACCAUUCACAUCUCCGACUACAACUUUUUCUUCCACAACACCUAUGUCAGACAUCACAACUAUUUCUCCAUUCACCAUUGCCUCAGAAUUGACAACUUUGAGCACUGAAUCUGUCUCAACAGUAGCAACAACGUCUGCAUUGUCAACAACACCAUUCACAUCUUCGACGACAACGUUUUCUUCCACAACACCUAUGUCAGACACUACAACUAUUUCUCCAUCCACCAUGACCUCAGAAUCGACAACUUUGGACACUGAAUCUGUCUCAACAGCAGCAACAAGUUCUCCAUUGUCAACAACAAAAUUUACAUCAGCAACUGCAAAAACUUCCAGUCUAAUAACAGUGGCAACAUCAGGAGUGACAUCUCCAUUGUCGACAACAUCAAUAACAUCACCAACAGCACCGUUUUCUUCGACAACACCUACGGUAGACACUGCAAUGAUUUCCACAACUACCAUUACCUCAGAAGCAACAACUUCAAGUACUGAAACGAUUUCAACAGCCACAACAUCUCCAUUGUCAACAACACCUUUCCCAUCAGCGACUGCAAGAACUUCCAAUAUAGAAACGAUGUCAACAUCAGGUGCAACUUCUCCAUUGUCAACAACAUCAUUCACAUCACCAACAUCACCGAUUUCUUCGACAACAGCUAUUUCAGACAUUACAACUAUUUUUUCAUCCACCAUUACCUCAGAAUCGACAACUUCAAGCACUGAAUCUGUCUCAACAGCAGCAUCAACAUCUCCAUUGUCAACAACACCAUUCACAUCUCCGACUACAACUUAUUCUUCCACAACACCUAUGUCAGACACUACACCUAUUUCCCCAUCCACCAUUACCUCAGAAUCGACAACUUCAAGCACUGAAACUGUUUCAACAGCAACAGCAAGUUAUCCAUUGUCAACAACACGUUUCACAUCAGCGACUGCAAGAACUUCCAAUAUAGAAACGAUGUCAACAUCAGGUGCAACUUCUCCAUUGUCAACAACAUCAUUCACAUCACCAACAUCACCGAUUUCUUCGACAACAGCUAUUUCAGACAUUACAACUAUUUUUUCAUCCACCAUUACCUCAGAAUCGACAACUUCAAGCACUGAAUCUGUCUCAACAGCAGCAGCAACAACUCCAUUGUCAACAACACCAUUCACAUCUCCGACUACAACGUUUUCUUCCACAACACCAACGUCAGAUACUACAACUAUUUCACCAUCCACCAUGAACUCAGAAUCGACAACUUUGAGCAGUGAAUCUGUCUCGACAGCAGCAACUACGUCUGCAUUUGCAACAACACCAUUCACAUCUCCGACUACAACGUUGUCUUCCAAAACACCUAUGUCAGACACUACAACUAUUUCUCCAUCCACCAUUACUUCAGAAUCGACAGCUUCAAGCACGGAAUCUGUCUCAACAACAGCAACAACGUAUCCAUUGUCAACAACACCAUUCACAUCUCCGACUAUAACUUUUUCUUCCACAACACCUAUGUCAGACAUUACAACUAUUUCUCGAUUCACCAUUGCCUCAGAAUCGACAACUUUGAGCACUGAAUCUGUCUCAACAGCAGCAACAACGUCUCCAUCGUCAACAACACCAUUCAUGUCUCCUACUACAACGUUUUCUUCCACAACAUCUAUGUCGGACACUGCAACUAUUUCUCCAUCCACCAAUACCUCAGAAUCGACAACUUCAAGAACUGAAACUGUCUCAACAGCAGCAGCAAGUUUUCCAUUGUCAACAACACCAUUUACAUCAGCGACUACAACAACUUCCAGUAUACUAACAGUGGCAACAUCAGGAGCGACAUCUCCAUUGUCGACAACAUCAAUAACAUCACCAACAGCACCGUUUUCUUCGACAACACCUACGGCAGACACUGCAACGAUUUCCACAUCCACCAUUACCUCAGAAGCAACAACUUCAAGUAUUGAAACGAUUUCAACAGCCGCAACAUCUCCAUUGUCAACAACACCUUUCACAUCGGCGGCUGCAAGAACUUCCAAUAUAGAAACGAUGUCAACAUCAGGUGCAACUUCUCCAUUGUCAACAACAUCAUUCACAUCACCAACAUCACCGUUUUCUUCGACAAGAGCUAUUUCAGACGCUAUAACUAUUUCUCCAUCCACCAUUACCUCAGAAUCGACAACUUCAAGCACUGAAUCUGUCUCAACAGCAGCAACGUCUCCAUUGUCAACAACACCAUUCACAUCUCCAACUACAACGUUUUCUUCCACAACACCUAUGUCAGACACCACAACUACGUCUCCAUCCACCAUUACCUCAGAAUCGACAACUUCACGUACUGAAACGAUUUCAACAGCUGCAACAUCUCCUUUCACAUCGGCGACUGCAAGAACUUCCAAUAUAGAAACGAUGUCAACAUCAGGUGCAACUUCUCCAUUGUCAACAACAUCAUUCACAUCGCCAACAGAAUCGUAUUCUUCGACAACACCUACGUCAGACACUACAACUAUUUUCACAUCCACCAUUACCUCAGAAUCGUUAACUUCAAGCACUGAAUCUGGUUCAACAGCAGCAGCAACUCCUCCACUAUCAACAACACCAUUUACAUCAGCGACUGCAACAACUUCCAGUAUAGUAAUGGUGUCAACAUCAGGAACAACAUCUCCAUUGUCAACAACGUCAUUCACAUCAUCAACAGCACCGUUUUCUUCGACAACACCUAUGUCAGACACAACUAUUUCCCAAUCCACCAUAACCUCAGAAUCAACUUCCAACAUUGAAUCUAUCUCAACAGUAGCAGCAACUUCUGCAUUGUCAACAAGACCAUUCACAUCUCCUAUUACAAUGUUUUCUUCCACAACACCUACAUCAAACACUAUAACUAUUUCUUCGUCCACCAUUUCCUCAGAAUCAACAACUUCAAAUACUGAAUCUGGCUCAACACCAGCAGCAACAUCUCCAUUGUCAACAACACAAUUUACAUCAGCGAAUGCAACAACUUCCAGUAGAGUAACGGUGUCAACAUCAGUAGCAACAUCUCCUUUAUCGACAACAUUCACAUCGCCAACAGAACCGUUCUCUUCGACAACACCUACGUCAGACACUACAACUAUUUUCACAUCCACCAUUACCUCAGAAUCGACAACUUCGAGCACUGAAUCUUUCUCAACAGCAGCAACAACGUCUCCAUUGUCAACAACACCAAUCACAUCUCCGACUACGAAGAUUUCUUCCACAACAACUACUCCAGCUAAUACACCCUGUUCUCUGCCUUGCACCAAUGGAAUGUGCUUCAUUGAUCCCAGCACAAAAAACUCCACCUGCCAAUGCAAUACAGGAUACGAACUACAUGAAGGUCAACCCAACUGCUUCGACAUCAAUGAAUGUGAGACACUGCCUCAACGGUGUGAACAAGACUGUGUCAACACUGUUGGAAGCUAUGUUUGUUCUUGCUUCCCCGGGUUUGAAGUGAACUCCACUAACAUUCACGGAUGUGUAGAUAUCAAUGAAUGUCUAAGCAAACCUUGUAAAAACAAUGGGACGUGCCAGAACCUGGAUAAUGCCUAUUCCUGUCAGUGUGCUCGUGGAUGGACGGGCACCAACUGUGACCAAGAUAUAAAUGAAUGCCUCACAAGCCCAUGCAAGCACGGGAGCAGCUGUAAUAACAACCCGGGGUCAUUCACCUGUGAAUGUUUAACAGGCUGGACUGGACUCCUCUGCUCAGAAAAUGUUAAUGACUGCAUGUCAAAUCCUUGCAUGCACGGCCAGUGUGUGGAUGGACUCAAUCAAUUCUUCUGUGAAUGUGCCAAGGGAUGGACAGGAAACUUAUGUGACAAAAACGUUGACGACUGCAAAGACAUGCCGCUGUGCCUAAAUGACGGAACUUGCAACGAUCUUGUCAAUGGAGUCAACUGCACUUGUGCCCCAGGGUUCAUGGGAGAAUUCUGCGAAUAUAAUAUUGACGACUGCACUGGAAAUACAUGUCAGAAUAAUGCAACAUGUGUGGAUGGCAUUGGCAAUUUCACAUGCAGAUGUGUAGAUGGAUGGAGUGGUGAUACCUGUUCGAUUGAUACUAACGAGUGUGAAGGAGGGUCCUUCCGGUGCCAUAGAACCCUGGGGGUCUGUAUCAACACACCUGGCUCUUACAGUUGUCAGUGUAUCGCUGGCUAUGCUGGAGACGGCAUCGAAUGUUUUGAAAACAGACUAUUUGAUUAUGGUCCAGAAGUGAAUGACCGAGAGUUAAAAGUCAGGUUAACAGAUUUCGUGUCUCCUUCUUUCACGCCUCCCUAUGGGUUUCCAUUUUCUUCAAAGUUCUACCAACAGUUGUAUUUUUCAGACAAUGGGUUGAUUGUGUUCAAAGAAGGUGAAAAUCCGACACGUUUCGCGUUUCCCAACCCCAUCAAAAAUGGAUUUACGAGUUCAUUUCCUGUCCCCAUGGUUGCCGUUUUCUGGGAUGAUUCCGAUUUUUCAUCAGACAAUGGGACGAUGUAUUUCCAGGAGUACGAUUUUACAAAAACCAGCAACCCCCCGACCAUGCAUGCCCAGGACCUCCGUGAAAGAGUGAAGGCCCAGAUUCGGGCCAACUUCAGCAGUAGCAGUCAACCAGACUUACAGAGCUAUGAUCCCACUUGGAUGCUGAAGAUCACCUGGAAGGAGGCCCCAGCUAUACCUGCCAGGAAUAACUUGGCAAAUACAAAUACCUUCCAGGCUGUCCUGAAUACAGAUGGCGUCUUCUCAUUUUGCCUAAUAAUGUUUAAAGAUGGAGGCAUGCUGUGGAGGCCAGAGACCAGAGACCCUAAUACCAACAAUGCGCUAAUGGGAUUUCACAGUGGAACCAAGGAGCUGUACUAUAAUCAUCCACUUUCGAGGGGAAAUAUGUCGGUUCGUUAUCGUCCAGACCAGGCUAUUGGACUAGACACAGGUUUAAAGGGAAGGUGGGCUUACAGGUUGGAAAAUAACUCACUCAGCAUAACCAACCCAAAGCGUCAAUGCCUAGAGUGGGUUAGGAAUGAGAUAGCCCUUCCUCCCUUGGCCUACUUCACCUCUUGUCCCUGCUCCUAUCAGCAAGGAGUGUUUGACAGUAACUACAUUGAUGGCAACCUAAUAAGCCUCUACUACUCCUUUGAUGUUCACUACGUCCCAGGUGCGCGCUGGAUCUUACAAAGCUUCCGUAAAAAUCGUUUUGGGGGAGGCGUGAGGUGCUACUACAACAGACUGGGGGCACUCAUGUCCGGGUGGUAUGAAAGGCAUCUACCCACCCCGUGGAAUCCUCCCGUCAAUGAAUGGUCUCUCUAUGUCAUUAGUAAUAACCAAAGGAUCGACUUCUACGAUUGGAUGCACAAUGUUUGGUUACCACAAGAGAGGCAGCACUAUCUAGAAAACGAACUGGAACCCUACAGAUCCUGCUGUCAAAAAUCUGGAGAGAGCAGGCUGUGCGAGCUAUAUCAGCAGAGGCGCCCUCGUAACCAGUGUGCUUUCUAUAGGCCACCCACCUCUGCAUUUCUAAUCGGUGACCCCCACAUUACGACGCUGGACAACGUCUCGUAUACCUUCAACGGCCUCGGGGAGUUCACCGUUCUUCACGCAUUCGGAGAGAAUGGCAGCGAGUUAAUCCUGCAGGGCCGGACUGACGUUGCAGGCACCAAUGGGACCUUCAAAGCCACCUCCUUUGUAGCUCUUGUCGCGCACGAGACGGGGGGAGCAAAGGUGCAGUGGAUACUCGGAGAUAACAGCACUGCAGUCUUUUUAAACGACGAAGCUGUGAAUGUAACAGAUGUUCCAUUCAUAAAAAACUCAACAUCAAUUCAGCGGUCAGGAAAUUCAGGCCUAAUGGCCUCAUUCCCGUCGGGCAUCUCCGUGAACGUGUCAGGGGUUUACGGGGCCCUCAGCUACAUCAUUCUGCUGCCAGAAACGUUCAUCAACCGCACGCAAGGCCUACUAGGUGUUUUCAACAAGGAUCCCACAGAUGACUUUCAACCUUCAAAUGGCACUGUACUGCCAUUCAAUGGAACGUUACCACCAGAAUCUACAAUAUUUUAUGAGUUUGGCAUGACUUGGAAAACUACACCAAGCACAAGCCUGUUUUCUUAUAACAGCAGCACUGGGGAGAGCUGGUACACCUUCAACAACAAUAGCUUUGUGCCACUGUUUUAUGAAGACCUCGUGAAUCAAACGAGCCCAGAAAAUCUGGCAGCAGUUGAAAGUACAUGUGGAGGGCAGAAGGAUUGCAUUUUUGAUACACUUAGCACUGGAGACAUGCAAUUCGGACUCGCUACACGAACCAGUACUAACGCGUUUAUCAAAGAGAGCCAAGAGCUAAAAAACUUCCCACCAAACAUCAAUUCCGUUGGACAGAUUAAUUGCAAACUGAAUGAAACAGUGUUCUUCCAGCUGAUUGCAGUGGAUUUAGAAAAGGACCCCAUAGACUUUAACAUCAUAACUAACUCCUCAGACCUCAGUAUUACAAGCGAUGGGAAUUUUACAUGGAGUCCCAGAAGCUCAGAGCCGGUGUUUGGCGUGGUGAGCGCCAGCGACGGCAAGGCCUCCUCUGUGCUGCUGCUCAACCUCACUCUGUGCAACUGCAGCGUCCACUCCACGUGCCUCUACAACCAGACCACCCUGAGCGUCAACGGCAGAGAUGGAUCCACUUACCAGGUUGCUGGCUGUCUAUGUGAACCUGGGUACACGGGGACAUACUGCGCAGAAGAUUUUAACGCGUGUGCAGACGACCCCUGUCACCCUGGCGUGAAUUGCACUGAUUUACCCCCUCCAUCCAUGAAUUUUACAUGCGGGCCAUGUCCAGCACAUCUAAAAGGCGAUGGAACAAAGUGUUAUGAUGAGAAUGAGUGCUUGGCACAGCCACUGGUGUGUGAUCAGACAUGUGAAAACACGCUUAGUGGAUACCAGUGCAGCUGCACAAAAGGAUACAGCAUCAGCACCACAAACAGCUCCCAAUGUGAAGACAUCAAUGAGUGUGCACUGAAUUCUUCUCUUUGUGCAACAAAUGGGCACUGCGUCAACACACCUGGGAGCUAUAUGUGCAGAUGCAAUAAUGGAUUCCAAGGAGAUGGCGAUAAGUAUUGUUAUGAUAUCUUUGAGUGUCGUAUCAAUAACGAUCCCUGCCGCUUAUGGAAUAAUUCCAUUUGUAACAACACUGAGGGGUCCUUCAACUGCAUAUGCAAAAGUGGAUACGCAGGAGACAAUUGCACAGACAUAAAUGAAUGCAACACCAACAAUAACACGUGUCACAGUGAUGCCGAAUGUAUCAACACGGAUGGCUCGUACGACUGUAGAUGCAAAACAGGGUUCGCUGGAAGUGGCAAAAACUGCUACGACAUUGACGAGUGUGGUAAUAAUAGCCUUAACAACUGUGACAGUGCAAGUACAAAUUGUACGAACACUCCAGGUUCUUUCUAUUGUACUUGCGCCAGAGGAUAUACAGGAAAUGGCACUCAUUGCAAUGACAUUGAUGAAUGUUUGAGUAACCCAUGUCAGGAACUGGAAAAGUGCAUCAACAAGAAUGGUACUUUUAGCUGUGAAUGCCAAGCAGGAUACAGAAUGAAUAUUGGAACUUGCACAGACAUUGACGAAUGCACGGAGAAGCAUCCCUGUCCAGUAAAAAAGGAUUGUGCCAACACGCUGGGCUCAUACACAUGCAGCUGUAAAACAGGGUACGAGACUGACGUGGACAGAGAUUGUUCAGACAUCAACGAGUGUGACCGACCAGAUCAAAACAACUGUUCGAAGAAGGUUGGACUCUGCCAAAACUAUGAUGGCGGUUUUCAGUGCCAGUGCCAGACUGGUUACACAGGAAAUGGGGUCAUAUGCAUUGGUAUGUUCUUAACAGCCACAGCUACACUUCUAAGCUAG